UAUUUGGUAGCUCAUUACUUUCUUCUCACCUUCUUCCCUUUUCCCUCUGCCCGCCCCUACCCCACCUCCAAACGCUCCUUCUGGGCACUAGAAGUCCAGCUCAUCCACCACCACUGGGGAAAAGAUCACAAAGGUGUAUGAGUUGGGGAAUGAGCCAGAGAGAAAGCUGUGGGUCGACAGAUACCUUACCUUCAUGGAAGAGAGGGGCUCGCCUGUCUCGAGUCUGCCCGCCGUGGGCAAGAAGCCCUUGGACCUGUUCCGGCUCUACGUCUGCGUCAAGGAGAUUGGAGGUUUGGCACAGGUCAAUAAAAACAAGAAGUGGCGUGAGCUGGCAACCAACCUAAAUGUUGGCACUUCAAGCAGCGCAGCGAGCUCCCUGAAAAAGCAGUAUAUUCAGUACCUGUUCGCCUUUGAGUGCAAGAUAGAGCGCGGGGAGGAGCCCCCGCCGGAAGUCUUCAGCACGGCGGAAACCAAGAAGCAACCCAAGCUCCAGCCGCCCUCUCCUGCUCCUUUCUGGAGGGCAACGCGAGUGUCUGCGGUCCCUAAUCAAGAGGUCUCGCCUAAAUACUUCGGAGGGCCGAGAUGCACUUGUAGGGGAUGCACCGAGGUAUAUAUUUAGACCUGUCAGUUCUAAACACAAUUAGAAAUCCUACCUCACCCCACCCUUAAGCAUCCGAAGCCUUUGCAGUCACGGUAUACCUUAAAAACUGGGAAAUCUAAUUUUAAAAGUCUCACAACAUUACAUUCAGUUCACAGAGUAAAACAAGCUGCCUCUGAACAGCCCUGAAACUAUUUUUCCAAAAUAAAAACUCAGUGGGGUGUAGGGACCAAAGUGGCGAGGUCUGCAAAGAUGUAAAGGUAUAUUUUAUUUGCCAGGAAAAACCCAUGUCACUGAAUGGGCUGCACUUCUGUAUGGAGAAUAGCUCUCCCAGCGAGCAUCAGCUUCAGUACAAGCAAUCCCGCUGAGGCACAAACCCUUCAGAAAGUGUAGGGCCUGUUCUCUCAACAGUCAGCUCUUCCCUUUUUCCCCUUUUUUAAACUACCAUUUUUAUGGCAACAUUAUCGUUUUAACUGCACAAAAGAGCUUGGGUUGCAGAUGCACUUCUGACAAUACAUUCUUCUCAGUGGUCCACACGGUCCGAAGUCUGGGGGAACUGGAGGCAGGGAAGGGAGGGCGUCCUGUAGCGAGCCUCCCGGUCAGGGCACGGCCCAGGCGGCCUCACGCCGAGCACACGGGGCUGGUGGGCUUGCUUCUCUGUUCUCCGCGCUGCUCAAGACGCCCUGCUCAGCCGGACAGAAGGACACGCAGACUGGUCAGUGGGGUAGUGAGGAACAACAGCUCCGUAACCAAAACCAGGCUUUUCCAGAACUAGCAUUAAGGAAAAUGAAAUAUAUUUAUUGUCCAAGGAGGAAAAAAAAAAAUUAUUCUGAACCGUUUGCCCUGUUGGGGUCUCCUACACUACAAAAUUUUUAAAAACGAAUUUUCAGCCAAACUCUGUGUUCUUAGAAGUCCGUUUUCCCCAUCAGAAGGCAAUUAUGGUGUAUUUCUUAGCAGCCCAUCCAGGCAAACUAAACGAAAAGACUCCUAGGAAACGUGCUGGACGGCUUUUGAAACGGCCACUCUGAGGCAGCCUAAAUCCCGGAUCCCUUGGCCAUAUCAGCCUUGUGACUCAUCCGUCCGUGCUCUGGUUUUGAUUUGGCGUGGCUGGCGUGUGCUGAACGUCAUUUCGCCAGCCUCUGGGCAGUAGAACCCCUGAGCCCUUGGGGGCGCCACGAUCGUCACCGGUCGCUGGCUGGGUGGUGCCCCUCGCCGGAGCUCUGGGCUACGGUCUUGUAGGGACUCGAGCAAGUCCAUGAGAGAAAGUUCCCGAACGAAACAUGGGCAAGACCUGGGGUACGGCUGCCUCUGGGAGGUGCCAUGGGGAUCUCAUUAUAAUAAGCCUGCAUAACUUUGUGGAGUUCUAAUGAACAGCUGCAGGAAUCGCCUCCCCGAGUGGCCUGGGC